AUGCUCCGAGCAACCGCAAUCUUUCUCCUUACACUCGCCUCCCUUGGCGCAUCCACUCCUUUGAAGCGCGCUCCAAACCUUGUUGUCUCUCUAUCCACCACCUCUCCUGCUAUUGAUUCGGUUGACGGUCUUAGCUUGACUGCCACAGUGGAGAACACGAGUGACCAAGAUAUCAAGAUCCUCAAGUUUGGCACUGUCCUGGACAGUAAUCUCCCUACGAAUUCGUUUUUGGUAUCUCGCGGUGCUCAAUCUGUACCCUUCACUGGUGUACAAAUCCAGCUCUCCAUGAACGACCUCACCGAAGACUCUUUUGUAACCAUUCCAGCCGGCAAAUCUAUCAGUGCGACGCACACCAACCUCGCCGCGCUGUACAAGUUUGACAAAUUUGGUGUCGGAAGCUUUACGUUUACUCCCAAGCAAGACUUCCAAGUCGCCGGUGCUAACAGUGUCGUGAGCGACGUCGCUGAUACCCUCCGCGUCUCCGCUGUCGUUCCCAGCGUUGACAUUCAUAUCGGCAAGGAUGUCUCCAAGAGAACGCUUGUCGCUGGUGAAGAGCUCGAGAAGCGUGCUAGAGUCAGUUGCUCGACUAGCAGCUCUUCCUCGUUCAUCUCUGCAUCGUAUACCGAGGGAAAGAGUCUCGCCUCGCUCGCAGCAAACUACAUCUCAAGCCGAGGCACGUCUGACUCGCUCUUCCGCGCCUACUUUGGUGCCUCUACGUCGUCCAAGCCACUGAGUGUGUUUACGGCCGUGGCUAAUGAGAACUCUUCUUCGCGCACACUCAACUGUUCUGAUCCAUAUGGAGUUUGCGGAAACGGUGUUAUUGCGUAUACAGUCACCUCGACAACCAAUAUCUACUAUUGUUCCAUCUUCUACAACGAAGUGACGACUUCACGACUUUGCUCGGAUACUACCGUCGCCUCGCGCAAUGUCCGUGGUGGAACCACACUCCAUGAGCUCACACACGCACUAUCUGGUACUACGGACGUCGGAUAUGGUUGCAGCUACGAUCAGACCCUUGCCUCCUCCAGCCCAUCCCGCGCCCAGAGCAACGCCGACAACUACAACUGCUUCGCGACCCAAGUCUACAAGAACACGCAGUGCUAA